AUUUUCAACAAUAUUUAUCACUAUACGAUGAAUUUCCUAUGACUUCUUUCUGCCAAACGCCUUACCCGACAGUUGAAAAUAUAUUGUUAACAUUGUUGUAUUGUCCCGCGUUUUAUUUAAAUUUUAUUCUCGGUUUUUCAUUAUCGAUACUCUGUACUCUAAAGUUCAGAAACUACUUCACGUCAAAACUACUUGCACACGCACGCGCUUUGUUAAUCGAUUCUCGAAAAACGCCGGAGUUUCGCCUCUGUACAAGUCCUUUGUGGUUAAGUGACAUUACGUUUAUUAUUUUCCUUUUUUCAUAGCACCUGAUAGCACCACUCCUCUUUUUAACCGGUAAACCAUUUCGAAGAAAUGUCUGCGCUAAACAAUAUCAGCGUAGCGGUAAUAUGUUCUAGCAAUAUGAACCGAAGCAUGGAAGCCCAUGCCUUCCUCAGCAAAAAAGGAUUCAACGUGAAGAGUUUCGGGACAGGGGACAAGGUCAAGCUUCCCGGGAACGCCCCGGAUCGUCCAAAUAUUUAUGAUUUCGGAACGUCUUACGACGAAAUCUACAAUGACCUUUUAGCGAAAGACAAGCAAUACUACACACAAACUGGUCUGUUAUACAUGUUGGACAGAAAUCGUAGAAUUAAACCUAAGCCAGAACGAUUUCAAUUGUCCAAAGACAAAUUUGAUAUCUUAAUCACAUGUGAGGAACGAGUAUACGAUCAAGUGAUUGAAUGUAUGGAAUCCAGACCUCAGGAGGAUAGCCAACCUGCGCACCUAAUUAAUAUCGAUAUCCAAGAUAAUCAUGAGGAAGCUACAGUUGGAUCAUUUCUCAUUUGCGAAUUAGUCACUGGGCUGGCCAAUAGCAAAGACCUAGACAAUGACAUAGACGAAAUGCUUCAUGAAUUUGAGUCGAAGUUUGCAAGAACGAUUCUACACACGGUGCUUUUCUAUUGAAAGCUCUGUAACAUGCCUGAAACCUGAUGUUCGCCAAUGGACUUAAUUUAUAAAAAAAAACUAAAUCAUAGCUAACAAAGCAUAAUUACCACAUAUUCUGGCUCAGAUUAUGUGGAACGAAUUUCACUGAUGACAAGGAGAAAUUCGAUCCGUGCUUCCUAUUUAAUAAAUCAUUGCUUUCCAUGGGA